AUUAUGGGAUGGCAUGCUCCCUUGGCUUAUUAUGGGAUGUCCGGCCGCCCAUCUCUAGGGCAACGCGCUGGUUGCCAGGGUGACAGGGCGGAAGGAGGGAAGGGGCGGGGUCUCCGCCAUCACUGCCGGUGUACAGGAGAGAAGGAGCGGGAGUGGAGACCGUGCGCGGCGCAGCUGGAGCCUGGACACCGCGGCUUGAGCCUCCUCUCCUGUGACAGACAGUGACCUCUCCAGCAUUCCUUGGAUUUGGAACACAACCUCUGCUUCUUCGUGCCAUUUGUUCUUUCAAAAAUGGCUUCCGGACAUGGACCUUCCUCCCCCGGCAGUGAUAAUGAAAUUGAAGUCAUGUUGAACAGUGGCCUUCACCAAGAUGACGAUGAUUUGGAUGAUGACCUCUCGGAAGUUGAAACGCCUAAAGUAAAGAAAAAGAAGAAACCCAAAAAGGCACGGGAAUCCAAAACCCCUAAAGGAAAGCGUCAGAAAAAGGAGGUGAGUAGGCAAAUGCUGUGUGCAGAUCUGGAGGACAGCUCAGGGGAAGGAAAUGAUUUUGGGGAUGAUGAUCUGGGAACCCUUCGCUCAGACAGCGAGGGCAGUGAUUAUACCCCUGGAAAGAAGAAGAAAAAGAAGCUGUCGCAGAAGAAAGAAAAGAAACAGAAGGUGAAACCACGUGAGGAGGAUGAAGAUGAUGAUGACGACGAUUCCAAGGAACCAAAGACUUCAUCACAACUUUUGGAAGACUGGGGAAUGGAGGACAUUGAUCAUAUGUUCACGGAGGAUGAUUACAGGACAUUGACUAACUACAAGGCUUUCAGUCAGUUUGUCAGGCCUCUGAUUGCUGCAAAGAACCCUAAAAUUGCAGUUUCUAAGAUGAUGAUGGUUCUUGGAGCCAAGUGGAGGGAAUUCAGCACCAACAAUCCAUUAAAGGGCAGCUCUGGGGCAUCAGUGGCUGCUGCAGCUGCCGCCGCCGAGGCUGUGGUCGCCAGCAUGGUAGCCUCUACAGAGGUGGUUGCUCCUCCACCGCCGCCACCACCGCCGCCACCACCUCCAGCUGAAGUUCCAUUGCGCAAAGCCAAGACUAAGGAAGGAAAAGGACCCAACGCCAGGAAGAAACCAAAGGUUAUGCGUCCCCCAGAAAAUAAAAAGACCAAAGCCAAGAAGGUUGCCCCUCUGAAGAUCAAGCUUGGGGGCUUUGGUACGAAACGCAAACGCUCCUCUAGCGAAGAGGAGGACCUUGAUGUGGACUCGGACUAUGAUGAGGGCAGCAUGAACAGCAUGUCUGUAUCUGACGGAUCCACUAGCAAGAGCAGCCGAAGCCGCAAGAAACUUAGAGCCAGCAAGAAGAAGAAGAAGGGUGAGGAGGAAGUAACAGCAGGUGUUGUUGAUGGCUAUGAAACGGACCACCAGGACUACUGUGAGGUUUGCCAGCAAGGAGGGGAGAUCAUCCUCUGCGAUACUUGUCCUCGAGCAUACCACAUGGUUUGCCUGGACCCAGACAUGGACAAGGCACCCGAGGGCAAAUGGAGCUGCCCGCAUUGUGAAAAGGAGGGCGUACAAUGGGAAGCGAAGGAAGAUAACUCUGAGGAAGAUGACUUGGACGAGACCGUAGGUGACCCUGAGGAGGAGGAUCACCACAUGGAGUUCUGUCGAGUGUGUAAGGAUGGAGGUGAACUACUGUGCUGCGACGUCUGUCCUUCCUCCUAUCACAUUCACUGUCUGAACCCACCACUGCCAGAGAUACCCAAUGGAGAAUGGUUGUGCCCAAGAUGCACAUGUCCAUCAUUGAAAGGAAAAAUUCAGAAAAUCCUGAUAUGGAAGUGGGGGCAGCCACCUUCUGCCACUCCUGCGCCCAAACCAGCAGGUGCCGGUCUUGAUGCUCCCCCUCUGAAACCUUUGGAGGGCAGAGCAGAGCGCGAGUUCUUUGUCAAGUGGCAGGGCAUGUCCUAUCUGCAUUGCUCUUGGGUGACAGAACUGCAGCUGGAGCUGCACUGUCAGGUUAUGUUCAGAAACUACCAACGAAAGAACGACAUGGAUGAGCCUCCUGCUGGAGAUUAUGGAGUAGAUGAAGAAGAGAAGAGCCGCAAGAGGAAAAACAAAGAUCCAAAGUAUCUGGAACUGGAAGAGAAAUUCUUUCGCUAUGGUAUCAAGCCUGAGUGGCUAAUGAUUCACAGAGUACUGAACCACAGUGUGGACAAGAAGAACAAUGUACAUUACCUGAUUAAGUGGAGAGACCUUGCAUAUGAUCAGGCAUCUUGGGAGUUAGAAGAUGCAGAUAUUCAGGACUAUGACAUAUACAAGCAGGGUUACUGGAAUCACAGGGAUCUAAUGUGUGGUGAGGAAGGACGACCUGGCAAAAAAAUUAGGAAAGUUAAAGUCCGAAAGAUGGAGCGACCUCCAGACACCCCAAUUGUGGAUCCCACAGUGAAAUAUGACCGCCAGCCAGAGUUCUUGGAUUGUACUGGAGGAACCCUGCACCCCUACCAGCUAGAAGGAUUAAACUGGCUGCGCUUCUCCUGGGCACAGGGCACUGAUACUAUUCUUGCAGAUGAAAUGGGUUUGGGCAAGACUGUGCAGACUGCAGUAUUCUUGUACUCUCUUUAUAAAGAGGGUCACUCUAAAGGUCCUUUCCUGGUCAGUGCACCCCUUUCUACCAUCAUCAACUGGGAGCGUGAAUUUGAGAUGUGGGCUCCUGACAUGUACGUUGUCACUUAUGUUGGAGACAAGGACAGCCGAGCCGUCAUUCGAGAGAACGAGUUUUCGUUUGAAGACAAUGCGAUCCGAGGUGGCAAGAAAGCUUCACGCAUGAAGAAAGAGGCUUCAGUAAAAUUCCAUGUACUGUUGACAUCAUAUGAGCUGAUUACCAUAGACAUGGCUGUACUGGGCUCCAUUGAUUGGGCCUGUCUUGUGGUGGAUGAAGCUCAUCGUCUGAAAAACAACCAGUCCAAGUUUUUCAGAGUUCUGAAUGGCUACAGUCUUCAGCACAAGUUGCUUCUCACAGGAACCCCCCUGCAGAACAAUUUGGAGGAAUUGUUCCAUCUGCUUAAUUUCUUGACGCCAGAGCGCUUCAACAACUUGGAGGGCUUUUUGGAGGAAUUUGCAGAUAUUGCCAAAGAAGAUCAGAUUAAGAAGCUGCACGACAUGCUGGGUCCUCACAUGUUGAGAAGAUUGAAGGCUGACGUGUUCAAGAAUAUGCCCUCUAAGACUGAGCUCAUUGUGCGUGUGGAGCUUAGCCCCAUGCAGAAGAAAUACUACAAGUUCAUCCUUACUAGAAACUUUGAGGCUCUGAAUACUCGGGGAGGUGGUAACCAAGUAUCUCUGCUCAAUGUGGUGAUGGAUCUGAAGAAGUGCUGCAACCAUCCAUACCUCUUCCCUGUGGCUGCUAUGGAAGCACCCAAGAUGCCCAAUGGGAUGUAUGAUGGCAGCGCCCUCAUCAAAGGAGCUGGGAAGCUGCUGCUGCUGCAAAAGAUGUUGCGGAACCUGAAGGAUAAUGGACACAGAGUGCUCAUCUUUUCCCAGAUGACCAAGAUGUUAGACCUGCUGGAAGACUUCAUGGAGCACGAGGGAUAUAAAUACGAGAGGAUAGACGGUGGAAUUACCGGAAACAUGCGUCAGGAGGCCAUUGAUCGCUUUAACGCUCCUGGCGCUCAGCAGUUUUGUUUCCUACUGUCCACUCGUGCUGGAGGUUUGGGAAUCAAUCUCGCCACAGCUGAUACUGUAGUAAUUUAUGACUCGGAUUGGAACCCUCACAAUGAUAUUCAGGCGUUCAGCAGAGCUCACCGUAUAGGACAAAACAAAAAGGUCAUGAUCUAUCGAUUCGUUACUCGUGCCUCUGUAGAAGAGAGGAUUACUCAGGUAGCAAAGAAAAAGAUGAUGCUGACCCACUUGGUGGUAAGGCCGGGUCUCGGUUCCAAAACUGGGUCAAUGUCCAAGCAGGAACUGGACGAUAUCUUGAAGUUUGGUACUGAGGAGCUCUUUAAAGAUGAAGCGACAGAAGGAAAGUCAUGUGAAAAUAAAGAGGGUGAAGACAUCAGUGUUAUUCACUACGAUGACAGAGCAAUCGAUAAGCUACUGGACAGGAACCAAGAUCAUCAAAUAGAAGACACUGAGAUUCAAGGAAUGAACGAAUAUCUGAGCUCCUUUAAGGUGGCUCAGUACGUCGUCCGAGAAGAGGAGAUGGCAGAGGAAGAGGAGGUUGUCCGUGAGAUCAUCAAGCAGGAGGAGAGCGUGGAUCCAGACUACUGGGAGAAGCUUCUCCGCCAUCAUUAUGAGCAGCAGCAGGAGGACCUGGCGCGAAAUCUGGGCAAAGGAAAGAGAAUACGCAAGCAAGUCAAUUAUAAUGACGGCAGCCAAGAGGACAGAGAUUGGCAGGAUGAUCAGUCCGAUAACCAGUCUGAUUAUUCUGCGGCAUCAGAAGAAGGCGAUGAAGACUUUGAUGAGCGAUCAGAAGCAGCUCGUCGACCCAACAGGAAAGGCCUGAGAAAUGACAAGGACAAACCUCUCCCUCCACUACUGGCUCGUGUGGGAGGCAAUAUCGAGGUAUUAGGAUUCAAUGCCAGACAGAGAAAGGCCUUCUUGAAUGCCAUUAUGCGCUAUGGAAUGCCGCCUCAGGAUGCCUUUACCACUCAGUGGCUUGUGAGAGAUCUGCGUGGAAAAUCAGAGAAGGAGUUUAAGGCAUAUGUGUCAUUGUUCAUGCGUCAUCUCUGUGAACCCGGGGCAGAUGGGGCGGAGACAUUUGCAGAUGGAGUCCCAAGAGAAGGUCUAUCCCGCCAACAUGUGUUAACCAGGAUUGGCGUUAUGUCCCUCAUCCGUAAAAAGGUUCAAGAGUUUGAGCAUGUGAAUGGGCGCUGGAGUAUGCCGGAACUGGCAGAAGCAGAGGAGAACAAGAAGAAUUCUCCUGCUGACUCUCCAUCACCCAAAACUCCAACCCCGUCUACACCAGGGGAUACACAGCCCAAUACACCAGCUCCAACCCCUGCAAUUGCUGAGCCUCCAAAAACUGAAGAGAGUGCUCCAAAGGAGGAGGCCCCAGAAGCGGAAACCAAACCCCCAGAGGAAAAUACAGAGAGCACACAACCUGCAGUGGCAGCGGCAGUGGCAGCUGCACCAACACCCACAACAGAGAGCAAAUCUCCUGCUGCCCCGGCAGAGGUAAAACCAGAGGAGGCAGAGAAGGAAGAGAAGCCUCCAGCAGCAGAGCCCAUGGAGACAGACCUGAAAGCAGAGGCAGAUAAAUCAGAUGACGUGAUCGCGGUGGAUGAUAAGAAAGAAGAGGUCCCACCAGUCCCAUUACAAAACGGAGAGACGCCUAAAGAUGCUGUGGAGGAGAAGAAGAAGGUUGUUGCCACCAAACAAAGAUUCAUGUUCAACAUUGCGGAUGGUGGUUUCACAGAGCUGCACUCAUUAUGGCAGAAUGAAGAAAGAGCAGCAACUGUAACCAAGAAGACGUAUGAGAUCUGGCACAGACGACACGAUUACUGGCUGCUUUCUGGCAUUAUAACUCAUGGCUAUGCACGCUGGCAAGACAUCCAGAAUGAUGUACGAUAUGCCAUUCUCAACGAACCCUUCAAGGGGGAGGUGAACAGAGGAAACUUCCUGGAGAUCAAGAACAAGUUCCUGGCACGGCGAUUCAAGCUCUUAGAACAAGCGCUUGUCAUAGAAGAGCAGCUAAGAAGAGCCGCCUACCUGAACAUGUCAGAAGACCCUUCCCACCCUUCCAUGGCUCUGAACACAAGAUUCGCAGAGGUGGAGUGUUUGGCAGAAAGUCACCAGCACUUAUCUAAAGAGUCCAUGGCAGGAAACAAGCCAGCAAAUGCCGUUCUACAUAAAGUACUUAAGCAGCUGGAGGAACUAUUGAGCGACAUGAAGGCCGAUGUCACCAGACUUCCCACCACCAUCGCCCGAAUUCCACCUGUGGCUGUUCGACUGCAGAUGUCAGAGAGGAACAUUUUGAGCCGACUGGCGAGCAGGACCGGAGAACCUCAACCCCAACAGAUGGCUCAGCAAUAAUGAACACCCUCCUCUGGUCAGGAGGUCAGUGUCCACCCACCCCAAACAUUCCCAACCAAGAGCAGAGGGCCCGGGGAAAGGGAAUUGGACCGGUUCACCGAAUAGUCAUCCAGGGAGAAGACUCAGCAGAGCUGAACCCCACCCCGGGAACAUUUUAUUAGAGGGUCACAGAAGCCCUGGUCCUGCAAGGUGUCAGUAUGACCGCACAAGCCUGGAGGCAGAUCGUAUGGUGCUGCUGCUGCUUCACUAAUGGGGUUCCCCUCUCCCUCAGGGGUUCAGGUUGCAUCGAAUGCCCCAAAGGCCAGAAACUCGACCUGUGCACAGAAGCUGCUGCCUGGGUUCAGAAGGAAAUACUUUGGUUAUUUUUUUGUUUUUGUUUUGGUCUUUAAUUUUAUUUGCUCCUAUCCCCUCACACUGCCCGAGGGGGGCAGGAGGGGUGUCAACCAGGACAGACACCCUACCUCCAUCCUUUUUAAUACAGAACGCGUUGUCGUAUAAUAAAACACAAAAUGCUAUUGAGA